UGCAGUAGUGAGAAGCACGCACAGUCCCCGGUGUCCGCGUGCGUGAGCGCGAGCGAGUGAACGCAUCAGCGCUGCUGAAGAAUGAGAGCGAUUCUAAAGAACGGAAGUGGAUCGACCAUUUUGAAACCCCGCACCGCUUUGCACAAUGGAUAAGGGCCAAACAAUAAAGCUCUUCGUAGGAAAUCUGGCCCUGGACACCACGCAAGAAGAACUGUCAGCCAUCUUUGAGGCGUACGGCCAGGUGGUUAGCUGCAGCGUCUUGAGACAGUUUGCUUUCGUACACCUGCAAGGAGAGGGUGCUGCUGAACGUGCCAUCCUGGAGCUCAAUGGACGAGAGUUCAAAGGACGUAACCUUGUGGUCGAGGAGUCCCGAGGACGCCCACUCCAUUCGACAAAGGUGUUUGUGGGUAAUCUGAGUAGUAUGUGCACUACAGAAGAUCUUCGGGAGCUCUUUCAGACCUUUGGGAAAGUUUUGGAGUGCGAUAAGGUGAAAGGUUAUGCCUUUGUGCACAUGGAGAACAAGGAGGAUGCACUGCAGGCAAUUGAGGCUUUGCAUGGGACCUCCUUCAAAGGACGACCGCUCUCUGUGGAGCUGUCCAAAGUUCAGCCAACUAAACAGACUCCAACUGGGAAAAUCCCAUGUGUUAGCUGUGGGAAACAGGGCCAUUAUGCAGGUGAAUGCCCCGCUGGUAAGCCCACGCUGGAGCAGUACCAGAGCCAAGCGGCCGUGUUAGCUGCUGCUGCUGCUGCAGCUGCCGGCCUUCCACUGCAGGUUCAACAGAGUGUCCACAACUCCAUAUACAACACCUCAUCUUUUGACCCCACGUAUGCUGCUUUGACUGGACUUACAGCUGCUGGAGCAAGGGGAGAGGGAGGAACUGCAGUGGCUCCAGCUGUUUAUGGAGCACUAGCUAGUCAAGUGUAUGGAACAGUUUCCAAUCAGCUCUACAGUGGGACAGUAGCAAACCAGGCACUCAACUCUGGUGCUGCUGCAGCUGCCGCACAGAUGUAUGGCUCUGUUAACCCAGCUCUCUAUGGGCAAGUGACAAGUGGUGCAGUUGCAGCCGCUGGUGCAUACGGUCCACAAGUUUACGCGCAUGCUUUAGCAAAUCCAGUGUUCCUAACUGCAGCGCACAGCAUGGAAGUACCCGGAGCUGCCGCUGGUGCUGUUAACCCAGCUUAUACAGUAGCCCCGGCUCUCUACAGCGCUACCCCAGCUUACGGGGCUUUUGGGGCAGCUGACUCAGCAGCUUUCUUUGAGGCAGCAAGGGCGCACUACUUUGCACAAGGCCAGCAAGUGCUAGCAGAACAGCAACAGGCUAGCUCAAAGUCUGGAGAAAGGGACAGGAGUCCGCUUAGAAGAUCUGCCCCACUGUUGCCUGACCCUAUUAUGAAACCAUUAAUGUACCAGAGGGCCAAGCGCAGAGCCUUAUUGCCUACACCUGCGGGUCGAGAGGAAGCCGCUGCACAGGAGGAUGACCCUCUAGCCAGAUACUACGCAGAAUACUACCAGCAGCUGCAGCAGUAUCCACAGUACCAGUACGCGUAUCCGUCUCCCAACCCUAUUGCAGCAAUGUCUGCACUGCAGACUCUGCCUGGUGUGCCUACUCAGCCAGUGGCAACGCUCGACUCCCUCAGGCCAGUGCCGCCCGCCGCCCCCGUGUCUGCCGCUGCCGCCAUCGCCAUGGCAACACCCCGCGUGUAUGAGCCACCGCCGAUUCCGCCGUCGCACAAGGAACCCCUCCUCCGCCGCCCCGAACUCGCCCUACACACCCCUGAAACACCCUUCCGAUAGUGUGCUCCACAUACUCUCUGCCUCUCCUUUCCUUGUGCUGUGUGUGUGUGUGUGUGUGUGUGUGUGUGUCAGAAAGAAACCACAGGUGUAUGUUUGUGAUGUGUGUGUGCUUGGGUUUAAGAAGGUGGCCGUGUCGGUUUUAACUACAGACUGGAGUUUCUAACCUUGGUUCUGAUCUCAAACACACCCAGUGCAGUCAGGGCUGAAAAGGGAAACUGCAUGCUCUCAUUCCUGCACACAUAAUCAAUAUUACAUUGCCUGUUUAAGGAAACUUUCAAUCUAUGACCAAGUAGUUUUCAAGUGUAGAUUAGGCACUUGCCAUGAUGCAUUUUAACUUUUAUAUUCCUAAGUGUUUGUAGUCUAUGAAUGAAUACUGGACUUAAUACUAAAUAUUGCUUGAUUAUAGUUAUAUAAACAGUUUGCGCAUCGAUACAGUUAUUAUGAAAUUAGAUUUCAAUGCAUUUAAUAAAUGUUUAAAUAAAUUGAAUGUAUGUAUGUUUACUCCAAAGGUGUGUGAAGUGUAGGACCAGGGUUGGACAGUAUUUUACGUCUUUGUUUGUUUCUUGUUUUUCUCUUGGACUGUGGUGUAGCGUGUAUGUUUUCCAUUGGUUGUCACGACAGGAACGCACAUGUGUACUCCUGCACAGGGAAGCAACCUCGAUCUACACGCACAUACUUACACCUCAAAUGGAAAAAAGUUUAGUGUUGACCUUUAACCUCACCCUUCCAUCCCUGUCCACCCAUCCUGAAAGCUGAAAGACACUGUGACUUCUCUCCCCUACACCUUUAAUGUAGCUACUUCCAUAGAUAUGGUGAUGUAUGGGAAACGACCAAUCAGAGGAAGGUGUAGCUAGUCAGCUUUUGCUGUAAUCUGUUUUAUAGGAGCGUCUCUAAACUCGCCAAUUUAACUGCCAUGAUGCAUUGUAGAAUCUGUUUUUGUAAAGUGUCUUUUUUAAUGCUAUCAUGUUUUUAUAAACAAUGAUAAGGGACUCAAGUAUCCAUUUAAAGAGAUAUACUACUUUUGAUUUUUUAUUUUUGUUUACAUCUGCAAGAGAGAAUGUGUUUUUCUUGUGGCUUACUCAAAGUGAUUGUUUAUAGCCAAAAUUCUCUCAUUUUUUUCUAGAAAAACAGCCAAAAUCAUUAGUGGCCUAUUAUUCUUAUGCCUUAUGUAUUACAUUUUUGCUACUUUUUUUCUUGUAGUCUUAUUAAGUGAAACUGGAUUGAGACUACACUAAAGUGCUGUAUAUUCUGUGGUACUGUGAUUUGGGAUUAAAUGAAUUGGGAGAUUCC